UCCGCUCUUGCCUUCUCCACACUUGUUUGAUUUAUGAGGAAUCCAAGAUGAAUUUGGAGCAGGAGAGGCCGUUCGUCUGCAGUGCCCCGGGCUGCUCCCAGCGCUUCCCAACAGAAGACCAUCUGAUGAUUCAUAGGCACAAGCAUGAAAUGACUUUGAAGUUCCCGUCAAUAAAAACAGACAAUAUGAUAUCAGAUCAGACUCCGACUCCAACACGGUUCCUGAAGAACUGUGAAGAGGUGGGCCUCUUCACCGAGCUGGACUGCUCCCUGGAGCACGAGUUCAGGAAGGCUCAGGAGGAGGAGAGCAGUAAGCGGAAUAUCCCGAUGCAUAACACUGUUGGCGGGGCCAUGGUGGGGCCUGGAGCUCACCAGCUUGGCAGCACCCGGAUGACCAACCAUGACACCAGCGUUGUGAUUCAGCAAGCCAUGCCAUCACCCCAGUCCAGCUCUGUCAUCACCCAGGCACCUUCCACCAACCGCCAGAUCGGGCCUGUCCCAGGCUCUCUAUCUUCUCUGCUCCAACUCCAUAGCCGACAGAGACAGCCCAUGCCAGCCUCCAUGCCCGGGACCCUGCCCAACCCCACGAUGCCGGGAUCUUCCGCCGUCUUAAUGCCAAUGGAGAGACAAAUGUCAGUGAACUCCAGCCUUCUGGGGAUGCAGGGCCCGAAUCUCAGCAACCCCUGUGCUUCUCCCCAAGUCCAGCCAAUGCACUCAGAAACCAAAAUGAGGUUGAAGGCCGCGUUGACUCACCACCCUGCUGCCAUGUCAAAUGGGAACAUGAACACCAUGGGCCACAUGAUGGAGAUGAUGGGCUCCCGGCAGGACCAGACGCCGCACCAUCACAUGCACUCACACCCGCAUCAGCACCAGGCACUGCCAGCCCAUCACCCCUACCCACAUCAGCACCAGCACCCCGCACACCAUCCGCAUCCUCAACCCCAUCACCAGCAGAACCACCCACAUCAUCACUCCCACUCCCACCUCCAUACACACCCAGCACAUCACCAAACCUCGCCACAUCCACCCCUGCACUCCAGCAACCAAGCACAGGUUUCACCAGCCACACAACAGAUGCAGCCCACCCAGACAAUACAGCCCCCACAGCCCACGGGGGGCCGUCGGCGAAGGGUGGUGGAUGAGGACCCCGAUGAGAGGCGGCGGAAAUUUCUGGAACGAAAUCGGGCAGCUGCCACUCGCUGCAGACAGAAGAGGAAGGUCUGGGUGAUGUCACUGGAAAAGAAAGCAGAAGAACUCACCCAGACAAACAUGCAGCUUCAGAAUGAAGUGUCUAUGUUGAAAAACGAGGUGGCACAGCUGAAACAGUUGUUGUUAACACAUAAAGACUGUCCAAUAACAGCCAUGCAGAAAGAAUCACAAGGAUAUCUAAGUCCGGAGAGUAGCCCUCCUGCCAGCCCCGUCCCUGCUUGCUCUCAGCAGCAAGUCAUCCAGCAUAACACCAUCACCACUUCCUCUGCAGUCAGCGAGGUGGUGGGAAGCUCCACCCUCAGCCAGCUCUCCACCCACAGAACAGACCUGAAUCCGAUUCUUUAAAAUCCAGGGCUCAGACCUUGACUCCAAGAAGAGCUGCGUCCUUUCUUUUAAGGGCAUUUUUAGAAUUAACUCAGACCUGGAAGACACCUCCAACCCUUCAAAGACUGGCUUUCAACUUUAUAGUCAUGAUGGAAAUGUUGUCUUUUAUACUUAGUUCUCUAAGCAAAAAAAGGGGUGGGAGGAGUUAUGCAAUUGAUAUCUAUCAGCUUGGGAAAUGCUUUGGUGCUUUUCUCCAAUUUUCUGGUACCAGUGACUUGUUUAUAAAUGGAACUCUUUCUGUAUAUAGCCCUGGUUUCAUUCUUAUCAGUUCAACCCUUUGCCUGUAACAUUGACUCUUGUUUAAAAAAAAAAAAAAAACAGCAAACAAACAAGAAAAAAAAACCACAGCUUUUAGCCAAAAUGAGACAAAAUGAGAAUAAACAGAUCCAAGGUAACUGGUUGAGAAGUCUGAGGACAUCAUAACACAUGUUGAGUUGAGCUAUGAUGUCAUCAAAAUCCCAGAGAAACACAGAGCCUAUUCCAAACUUGUUAUUUUUUUCAUAUAAAAUACCAUAGGAUUCACUGAUGUCUAAAUAAAACUAUCAAACAUUAAGCAUCUCACCAUCCUCUGGGUCCACUUCCUCAACUACCCAACUCUCUAUUUCCACUUUUCCUUGGACUCUUUGCUUGCUCUUCAAUUUUACUUUCUUCUGUUUUAUUAUCCUUCCUUAGAAUUACAUAUCAAUAAAAAAACGUUUGAGUUUUUUUUUAAAAAAAUUGUUAAACAAAACCUCAAAAAUAUGGACCUAGCCUUUUCUUUCAUUGUUCAUGAUCCACAGCUGGAGUUCAUUCAACUCUUGCUUCUUGCAAAAUAGUAACCAGGAGAUGUUUAAUGUGCCUGAUUUAAUGUUUUUAAUAAUCAGAGCAAAUAAAAGGUGGAUUAGCUGUAAGUGAAGCUCUGGUGAAUGCCAGCUGCAGGGACACUAGGGAAGGGAGCUUUAUAAGCCUCGAUUGUGAAAGUCCAAAUUAUGAUGCGGGGCUCUAUGUUCACACCCUUGAAUUACAACUGGUUUUAUAUGACCUGCCUAUAAUGUUGAAAAUCCAUGUACUAUGUAAUAAUUCAGAAGGGCUCUUAUUCACUACACAGAUUAUAUUGUUCAAUCAGCAGCUGCUAAUAGCCUAACUUGUUUUUAUUUUUUUUCUUAAGCCUAUGGAACCUGCUUUGCUGUUCUGGUGGAUAGUAGUAGUCUAACUACUUGGAGUAACAAGGAGAGAAAGAAAACCCCAACAGUUAGAGCACUCUUGGCUGCUGAAGAAACCCCAUGGAUAUGAUUACUCCCCCCUUUUGAAUAUUUCUGAUUUAUAUUUUCAACAACCUAUGUGGACUUGCCAAUUAAAAAAAAGCAGAUAGUCCCAAACCACAGUUGUGCCUCCACAAAACAAGCCAUUCUACUGUGCUAACGUUUUAAUGUCACAUUUCACCAAGAACAGGGACUCAUGUUUCUCUCGAGCUGUCUAGACAGGUGCUGGUGUUUCAUCUCCAUUUAAGUGUUUGACCUAAGCUGAGUGAGUGCUUACGUGUGUGUGUGUGUGUGUGUGUGUGUGUGUUUUCAUGUUUAUGGAAUUUAAAGAAUAGUCUUUUACAGAGAUGUAGUAGCUUUUAUAAGUAUUCAAAGGAGAGAAGGAUGUGUCUGUUUUUUUCUCUCAUGAUAGUGCAAGAAUCUAUUUUGGAGGAAAAAGAAAAUAUGAGGGCUGUGAAGCAUGGUUUUUAUAACUAGUUUCAAUUUAAUCUGGUAACUUACUUUCUAAACCAAUAUUUAUUGACAUUUUUAUCCACAGUAGACAAUGUUUUCAAAAGGUUUUGAGUGUCCAGUGAAACUCAUGAAUAAAAAUCUAAAACAAAAACAGAAAAAGAAAAUGAGAAAAAAAGAAAAAUGAAAAUGAUUUUGUAUUAUGCUUUAAAAGACAUUGUUUUCAAGUAUUUUCAAUAUUGAAUUCAUAGUUUUUCUUUCAACCCCAGCAGAAAUAUCUGAAUAAUUUAACUUAACUUCCUAAGAAAUAUUUAAGACUUUCUAUUUUGAAAUUAAAAAAAAAAUUUCAAAACUUCUUAGGACCAUCUAUGUGUCUCCUUCAGAAGGCUAAAAAGAGUUUGGAAAUAUUUGAUUAGAUGGAUAUUUUUAAAAAUAUUUUUCUCUGUUUAAAACAAAUUAAAAACUUUUCUUCUUUUACCAAAUGCAUAGCACUUAAUGAAGUUAAAAAAAAUUAAAUCCACUGAUAGUAUCAAAAUGUCCAAGGAGUGAUCUUUCACUAAAAUUAUGGCUUACUUUUCUUCCACUUCUUGACUGAAAUAUUUCAUUGUUAAACCAAGGGCUUCUGCAGUUAAGAACUUGCCCGAGUUUUCUUAAUUCAGCGACUUGACAGUUUGACUGAUGUGCAUUAUAUAUAGCUCAAUUAUGUCUGUUUUUUAUGCUAAGUAGGCAAACCAACCACACACGUUAGCAAACGGGCCUCAACAUAUAAUUAGAAUAAAUUGUCUUGUUAUACUCAAGGCCUUUAGGUGUGUUCAUUAGCAGUGUGGAAAUACAACAAAUGAAAGAUGCCAGCUAGUUGUUGGUGCUUCUGAAAACCCCAAACAUAAUACUCACUGGUCAAAUCCUGCACUCGAUUUGUCAAUAUUAAGGAUUUUACUUGAAGACUCAAUCUUACAUGAAUAAUCUAUCUGCCGGGAAAUCUCACCUUCAUGUCCUUCAUUUUUUUUCUGUUUUCUUUUCUUUUUUUUUUUAUUUCUUUUGUCAGGCUUAGCAAACCUUAUUUCCAUCCCAUCUACUUGUCCCCUCAGUAACUGGGCUGCCCGGCCCUAUUUUCUGGAACCCCUUGUAAUGACACUCGGAGCUCCCAUCCCCAGGAGAAAGGCCCCACCCUAGAACUGCCUGUCCUCCUGGCCUGUGGUAUUUUACCUGUAGCAUCAGCCUCUGAAGUCACUGCCAGCCAGCUUGGAAACUUCCACAGCACUUCCCCUGCCUUAAAUGCUGGGAGUCAACCACCUAGAUAAUACCCUGGUGGUGUUUCUGCAAGGGAAUGCUUGCCUUGCUGAGGCUCCUGCAUCCUAGUUUGUUUCUCCUGAAGCCGUUUCUCAGCCUAGGUUGCCAGGAGAGGGAGAGUGAAAAAUCCUUAGCUAUGGAUACAUGUGCUCCUUUUAAACCCUGGUGUUCAGUCAAAUGUUCUCCCUUCACACCCCCAGUCCCUCUCCUACCUCCAGGCUGUGCACGCCUGUCACUCUGGGAAGUGACAGUCUUCAUGUGGUUUGUGGAUGCGGAGCCCUUUGUGUGCUAUCCUGGUCCGCGAUGUGCACUAAUUAGACCGAUUUACUCAGAGCAAAAAUGCUCUUUGGAGCCUAUUCGGUCCAUGAAAUCAAAUACAGCACAUGUCCUGAAUAGAGGGGUGUCACUGGGGAAUGUUCAAGUGGUUGUGGCCUGUUAAGUCGGUUUGGUGUGUGAGUUGGUUGAGUUUACAAACCAGCUGAGGGAAAGAUCAGCCUUUGGCUGGGUGGGAAUGUUUCAGCAUCAAUGACUGCUAUAAAGUUUGCCAUCUAUUAGGACAGAAUGUGUUUCUUUCUGGUUAAUUAAAACCAUCUAAGAAUAUAUAUGUAUGUAUGUGUGUAUACAGUGGAUAUCAAGGACCAAAGCAAAAUUUGAACAGGAAUCUAUUAAUUUAGAAUUUUAUAAGAUAUUUAUUAAUAAAUGUUAUUUUUAAACAUUCCAUUUGAACAGUAUUCUUCUGUAGGAUCUACUUAUUUUUGAAGUAUUAGUUCAUAAUAAACUACUCUAGUUAUGUGUAUCUUCAUUUUUCAGGGUUUCAAAUGGCUGUUCUCCAUCAUGUGGUGGAAAUACUUGGUUAGAUCUUUGUGCAUAGAAAUUUCAAGGAUGUUUGUUGCUCUGUUAGUUGUUUUUUAAUCUAUGUUCCAAAUGUUGUUGUUGCUGUUGUUGUUGUUGUUUAACCGUUUAUUUCCUUUUUCAUUUUUUAAGUAAGGUCUUAUCUUUUAGGAAGCAGAGUUCAGCUAAAGGGAAUCAAUAACCAUAACUGGAACAACUUUCUUGUAAAAGUGUAAAAACAGCUUCAUCUCUGCUUCGCUCCACCCCACCCCAAUUUCCUAGAAUGCUUUGCACUAAUCAAGCUCCUUAGUACUCUUUUUUUGUCCUUCCCUAAACAAUGUGCAGUAGCUUUAAGCCAUUCAAGCUCCAUUAUGCAGUAUAUGUGAGAAGGGAAAGGAAGCAACCCAUUUAAAUUUGAAUAAAACCGUGCCUAUAUCAACAAGUAGCAAUUUAGAAUCUCUUUUCUGCUUCAAAAGUAAUUUAUAUUUUAAAAUUGCACUUUAGCUUUGUUGAUCCCUUCCAAUUUUCUAUUGUUCUUAGGAACCCCUUCCCCCCACGCCCCAACCAGCACCACUCUCCUCCACGUCCCCAUUCCCAGACUUCUUCUCGGGCUCCAAGCUGCAUCAUUUAAAAUACUUUACAGGAUGUUUGCACCAGGUAGCUUUGUGUGUGCCCAAGAGUAGCCUAGCAAAGACUCACAUCAGCCUAGAUGAAACCCUGCUACAAGAAUGCCAAGGAGGAGAGCCAGUUGAUACUCUACCCCUUUAUUUACAGCAUGUUUUUUUUUAAAAAAAAUACUAUAUUAUGCAACAGAUGCGAGGCAGCAGCUAAGCUACACUUAAGAAUUUUCUAUCUCAUCCUCCAAACCAAAGUGUCCUGACUGAGCCAGGAGACUUCUUUAGUGCAUUGUGGUGCACACAGGACUUUGCAGCAGCCUUGUCUGAGGCGGCUGAAAUAACAGUGGCCCUCACUGUUUCUGUCCCGGAUCUCAAAAAUACGAUGUUGCCUUGUACUAAAAGUAGGGACAGCACCUCUGUUUCCAGUCAUACUCUAAGGAAGGACAAGAGACACAGAAGCAAUAAACUCACAAGUAAAACCCAAUACCAAAACAAAGAAAGAAAGAAAAAAAACUAGCUCAUCACGUUGUGAAAAUUGAAAAAUGUAUGUCCAUUCAAAAUAUUUUAUUAUUUCUUGUGAAGUUUUUCAGUGAUGUAAUGCUUGUAGCCAAAAUGCUUAAAGAGUGUUUAUAUAUUUUUUCCUUAUAAAUUGUCUAUUUUUUAAAAAAGUAAUAAUAUUUAACCACAGGUUGAAGAGAAGGGUAUGGCCAAAUUGCCAGCAUUUGUUAAAAGAUUAAUAUUCCUAAGUGGAACUCUGAUAUCUUUCCAAGUUUAUCAUCAGAAAGGAAUCAAUAUUAUCAACUCUUAAAUUUAGAGCAGCUUAUAAUAUCUAGUUCAUUAGAAGCCAGGAUUUAGGAAGCUCUUCUUAAGCCAUUUAAGAUGUUCUUACACUGAGUUUCAUAUUAUAGAACUUUAUAGGAUUUAAAGAAAAAAAACUGACACAUUUUAGCCUCAUGACUAAGAAUGUGGAACCUGAAUAAAUUAGCUUUAAAUGCAUCAUUAAAAUCUUAUGCACAAUAAGCUCAUUAGCUUCUAGUUUGCUCUUUAGAAUACCAAUGCUAUAGACACUGCUGGAGAAAAAGAAAGGUAUCAGCAGUCUAUACGGAAAGGGUGUUCUGAGAAAGAGCCCUUCCCAGCAGACACUCAGUAGAAAAGAAAAUCCACUCACCCCCUUUCCUUCUAAGAUCUGCUCGGUCACAUCUGCCUCAUAGAGAGAGGAGUUUUGCCUUUGAGGAUUGCUUUAGAGAAAAGAUAAGCUUGAAAUGUUCUCCCUGGAGAGAACAAUGGAGUUUGGGAUUUUCUAAAAUAGUCUUCAAAAUGGCUCCAUGCAAACACACAUUCUUGGACAAUUGGAAUAGAAAUAUUGUCCACAAGUGUAAUUUAAAAAAAUGCUUAGCAUUGUGCAAAGUAAGUGUUAACUAAGGAAGUCCCAAUAAAGGUGCUGUCACUUUAAGUUCUGGACUUGGGGGAGGGUGGGGAUUGUUUGUAAUUGUAAACAGCAAAGCAUUUGUGUUUGUUUGUCUAUUUGUAAAGCAACCACCUUCCUUAUUGGAAGGAGAAAUAAUUGGGGUACAUACAUGUAAAUACUUGCUGCAGCAUUUAAUAUGUUUAAUUUUAUGUUAAGCUUUUUGUUGCAUCGUGAACACAUUUAUUGUUACCAGUGGACAAUGAGUUCAUUAAGACUGUUCAACUAGAUCAGAUUUUUACAUCUCUUUCUAGCAAGAAGAGACAAGGUUUUGUGCAUUUGUACAAAUGUUAAUAAUAUCACUGCAAUUCCAAUAAUAAAGCACUCAAAUGCAAAUAA